CAUCUAUCAUACUACUGUUUUAUCAGGUGCUGUAAAACUUUGCUUCAUGUGGUAACAUCUCAAAACUGAUAAAGAUUUAAUAUUACUACAUAAACGUACACCAAAAGGUCAUUUUAAGGGUCAGAUCAGGUAGAAACAGCUCCUUAAGAUCACAGCUGCACACUUUCACGCUUUGCAUUCUAUUUAUUCAAUGACAAUUUUCCCCAAAAACACUUGAUGUACAAUCACCCACAGUGGAAAAGAGAAUCCUGUCACAACAGCACUCAUUAGUCAAGUGUUAUCAGGGAGACUGUCAGUGAAAAAUGCAGGAGGAAAGAUGUUUGUGCGGGGCGAGCAUGGUGCAGGGUCACUCCCUCACACACACACACACACACACACACACACUAAACAGCUCAAUUUUAAUUUCCUGAUGACACCUUCAAUCAAGUAUUUUACUCUGUAAUCUGAAAGCCAUAACACAAAUGCAGUUGUUGAGUGAAUGAACAGACAUGAGUGAGAGGAAAACUAUCGCCUGGUCAAACGUGUGAAACCUCGUCAGAUAUUAGCUGCAUUCAACUGGUUAACGUCCUCCCACUCGAUCUCUGCAUUCCUCAACUCGUCCUGAGAAACUCACACUUAAACACGGCUGUUUCUGACGCUUUAUGCAUUAUAAAAUCCUGAAUCUGAGGCUGAAUUUCUCCGCUGAGACGGAUGAAGAUUUGGAUGAUGCACAUGACGUCACACUACGUUGUGAUGUUUUUCUGGACUGCAGUGUAUGUGAGAACACAGGAUCCUCCAGCAUUAAACUCCAGCAGCGUUGAGAACAACAACAACACUGAUGCAACACCACCACUGUGUCUUCCCAUCGGAGACAACCCAGACCCUACAUGCUAUACAAAUGACGUCUUCAUCUCCAGUAUGAUAGACGACACCAUCCCAAUGCCAUCGAGUGUAGUUACCGAAUCAGUCCUGGCUACAAUCUUUAGCACAACAGCUUUCAUUCCAGCAACUCUGGGAUCAAAACCAGAACAAAUCACUCCUACGGUACAUCAAUCUCCAAAUUCACCUGAAGACACGAAGUUCAUAACCGAAACACCAACGCAGAGUCCCAUGACAGUGGGUAAAAUGGUGCAUAAAAAUCAGGAAGAUGGAUGGAACGCAACUGAAUCUACAAACUGUGUCUUUGACCCCUGUGUUGACCUCCAAGACACCUGCUUCAACCGACCACACCCGACAUGCAUCUGUCCAGGGGUGACUUCAGACUCCCAGCCUCCGGACAGACCGACCUCGUUCUCGGUCACGGCGGUCACUCACAGCGUAGUGCUAGUUAAGUGGUGUGCGCCUUACUCCACGGUACUGGAGUACUUGUUUGUUGUCAGACAUGAAGGUUUAGUGCAGAAGAACCUGAGCAUCAGCUCUGCGGUCCGUCAGGUGUUCAUAUCAGAUCUGACGGCUGAUCACAUUUAUCACAUCUGCGUUCAGGCCGUGAACGGCGCAGGAUCAUCAGGCCCUAAAUGCGCCUCGGUCUGGAUGGGUUUAAACACAGAGGUGUAUUUAUACAGUCUCUUAGCGGUGUGCGGAGUCCUGAUGGUGAUUGUGGCAACACUGAGCUUCUGUCUGUAUAAACAGUGUAAGAAAACACCAGUGGAGAACUUGCAUCUCACCCGCUUAAUCUCCAUCCCCAAUCCAGCGUUCUUCAACCCAUAGGAAAGAUCAGGAGUGGAGGAACUUACCUCUUCAUAUGCAGCUGCAUGUGAGAAGACUUUUUUUAUACAGAGGAAAUUAAUGGAAAUGCUCUCUGAAUAAGAGUUUUUAGAUAUUUAGCUGAAAGUAUUUCGCUCUUUGAAGUAUGUGUACAUUUAUAAAAAUAAUUAUAUAUAUAUAUAUAUAUAUAUAUAUAU